GUUCUGUGGGUUCUCUGAAGCUUGACUGUGUCUCUUAAUUUCGGAAGAAGGGAAUGAGAGAGGGGGAGAGGAGAUUUUAAUCACUCCUGUCGCUUUAAGGACACUUAUCAAAGCCUUAUUAUGCGAAUAGAAAAUACCACGAGCCGCUGAGCAACUGAGCAGCCAGGGGACGGACCGGAGUGGAUUUACAGGGAAAACUCCACAUGAUCUGAGCUGGAAUAGACCGCUUCAUCGCCUCAUGGAGUUUGAUUACACACCGGAUGGCUGUCUCACUCGGACGCUUCGGAUCAUUUAGGAAAAUAUUGUGCGUAAGUAGCUCUCAGACUUGGGAUCCUCUUUGCCCCUGAAGCGCAGAGAGGAGUAUGGCUUAACAAACUCAACGGGCAUACUGGAUUAUUACCAUUAUUCACUCAUCCGACGGCCACGACCGAGCCGUGCUUGUUCGCCAGGCGGGUUUGUUCCGGACGGAUAGUCUCCGUGUGUUUGACAGCCUUGGAUCAUGGGCUGCUGGAAAACAACAACGGGCAGCGACAUGGUUCCUCCGCGCUGUCUGCGCUAUGCAGCGAGCUGAGGCUCCAACGCAGCCUGUUCCUGUGCCGAUGCAACAAAAGUUACUAAGCGAGUGUAAUGCGUGGAUUUUCACCGUUUGGCCGUUUUGCACCUGCUUGAGCGAAUUCCGCGUCGACACGGCGCCGAUUCGUGACAAAAUAACGCGUGGAUCCGCGUCGCUUUGCUCCGUGUGUCUCGCCUCUGCGGGAUACUUGAACAUUUGCUUGUUGUAAUGGAGAUCGGGGAGGUUUAUAGUCAAGGUCAUUGAGUGGUGUAAGGCUCUAUUUGCCUUGUUAUUUGCACACACGCAGCGCUGCGUUCACGUUACAGCGCAGUCGGUCCGGUGUGUGUGUGUGUGUGUGUGUGUGUUAUUUGUUAUUACACGGUGCAGCGGGGCGUUUGGAGCGAGCACCUACUGUCUGUGGAGUUACAUUUAUAUUUUCGGUUUUUUUUGACCCCGCGAGCUUCCCUCCAGCGACAUGGACGGCAAACUGAAGCAGGGUCGGAGAUGUCGCCCCAAGAAGCGGGAGAGGGUGCGGAGGUUGCGGGAGGCAGGGAGCAGGGACGCCCGCAGCCCCGACCCCAACUCCUCCUGCUCCGACAGGGAGGGACGCAGCCCGGGGAGGGACGCCGCCUCCCUGCCCGGUAAAAAGGCGCCGCGCCCCGCAGCCGCCGCCAGAGCCCCGCGUCCCCCCCGGCGGAAGAGACGGGAGUCCAGCUCGCAGGAGGAGGAUAUCAUUGAUGGAUUUGCUAUAGCCAGCUUCAUCAGUCUGGAUCGUCUGGAGAAGAAGACCAGGGUUGUGAAGACACAGGAGAAGAAGGAGAGGUGGAAGGAGAAAAAGGUGGCGAAGCGGCAGAAGAAGGAAGACGAGAAGGUGGUGGAAGAAGAGGAGAAUGUCCAGCCCGUGCUGGAUCCGCUGGAGAACGGCUUCCUCAAUCACGCCCAGCGGGAGCAAGAGAGGAUGAAUGAGCGGCUGCUGAAGAAGACGUACUCCAAGAAGAACAAAAUGAUCAAACCUUUGGUGCUACGUCCGGUCAAAGUCAGUGAGGAUGAGACGAUGCAGGAGCUCACCCGACCGCAGAGGAGCAACUCCAAGGAGCAGCUCAGCGAGAGUUCCACUCACUCGCUGUCAGGCCGCGGCUACUCGGUGCAGCCAGCAGCAGUGGCCCUCCUCAAGUGUGACAGCGAGAGUGACAUUGACGACAAGGUGUCUGAUGUAGGAUCAGAGAAGCUCUUUUCCCCCACCACACCCAAAGGUGUGCCAGCGAAUGAGAUUCCCGAGUCCAAGACUUGUAGCUCAGCCAAAGUAUCCGGGCUCCAGCGCAGCCAGGAGCAAAGCAACAGUGAGGUGCCUUUCGCGCCUCCCGUGCCCAGCCCCACCCCGGCGUCGGCGCCCACGGGCUCCCCGGCCCCCGCUGCAGCGGCGGCCCCUCCAGAACCUCCCAGGUCGCGCCUCCCCACACCACCUCCUCUCAGCGUCAAGAAGGAGCAGCCUCUGCCCCCUGUCCCUACCCCUCCCCUGUUGAGGGCGCCACCCCAUCCCCAUCCCCAUCCCCACUCCCACCCUCCUCACCCUCACCCUCACCCGCACCCUCACCCUCACCCUCACCCUCACCCUCACCCUCACCCUCACCCUCACUCUCACCCUCACCCUCACCCUCACCCUCACUCUCACCCUCACCCGCCUCACCCUCACCCGCACCAGGAGCCACGUGUUCUUCUGCCCCCACAGCACCACACACGGCCAGUAAUCAGCCACCAGCUGCAUCACCCGCUACAGUACAACAGCCUCCACGAUAUCAGCCACAGGAGCAGUCCAGUGGGUCUUCCCAAACAACACUUGCCCCCAUCCCCUCACCACCACCUCAGUGGACUCCCGUCCUCGGCCCCUGCCUUGCCUUUGUCCAUAGCCAAUCUCUCUACCUCGCAUUAUUCCUCUCUACGGAGCCCGGCCCAUCGCCAUCCGGCCAUGUUUGCAACCCCAGCCACACUGCCUCCACCACCGACCUUACCGACCAACAGUUUAGUGGUGCCUGGGCACCCCGCCGGCACCCCCUACCCAGAUACCAGCCUGUUGAUAUCAUUCAACCAACCAAUCAUGUAUUGCCAGCCUCAUUCGGGGAUUCUGAUUGGCACAUUGUCACAGGCAACUCUCUUACCACCACAAAUGAGUCCCCACGUAGAAAACCCUCACAGCAUGAGCUGGAGAAACAGAGAAUGCCAGUUCGACAAAUACGCCCCCAAACUGGACAAUCCAUUCAUCAGACAUUCAAACUUCUUCCCCUCCUACCCCCCCAUGCCAGGCAUGCCCCCGCUGCUCCCACACUCAGGACCCUUCAGCUCGCUGCAAGGAGCCUUCCAGCCCAAGGCAUCUAAUUCCAUCGACGUAGCCGCACGUCCUGGAGCAGUACCUCACACACUCCUACACAAGGAUCCACGGAUAACAGAUCCAUUCAGGACAUCUGUUAGGAAACCUGGCAAGUGGUGUGCAGUGCAUGUCCAGAUCGCAUGGCAGAUCUACCACCACCAGCAGAAAAUGAAGCAAAUGCAGCUGGAUCCUCACAAACUCGACAUGAAUGGGAAGCUGGACCUCUUCAGUCGACCCCCAGGUCCAGGCGUCUUUCCAGGGCUCCCGUACCCCCAUGACCUGGCGCGACCCCUUUUCUCUACCACAGGCUCUGGCCACCCAGCUCCUUCCCCCUAUGGCCACGCCCCACAUCCCAGCGGCUUCCUGCCUCCUAGCCAUUUGGCAGGUAAGUAUCCUUUCAGUCGCUCCAGUUCCUUUGGCGGCCUCGGCAACCUUUCAAGCAGUGCCUUCGGAGGAUUAGGCAACCCCUCGCUUGGGUCCAACAGUAUGUUUGGCACCAAGGAGGGGCCGGGAGGACUGCCCACGUUUGGCAGCCCCCACCACGACACCUGGAACAGACUUCGACGCACCCCGCCUUCGUUCCCCACCCCACCGCAGUGGCCCAAGACCGCAGACACCGAGAGGAGCAACUCGGCCAACAGCCACGAAAGAGAGCGAGAGCGGGAGCGGGAAAGAGAGAGGGAGCGGGAGAGGGAGAGGGAAAGAGAGAAAAGAGACUCGUCCAUCGGCAAAGAGGAGAAGGAUAAAGACAGGGAUUCUGUGGAUCGCAACCGACACUCCAACCGCUCAUCUCCAGCCUCUGCACCAGUCGGCUACCAGAUCAGCAACUUGAUUCGCUCAAACAGCCAGAACUCCAGUGACUCGGGACGGCAUCACAGCGGCAGCGUAGACCGGGUUCGUGAGGCGGAGAAGGAGCUGCUGGAGCGCCACAGAGAGUCGGACGUGAAGGUGAAAGAGAGCCGCUCCCCUGGGAAGGAGAUGCUGGAGAGGAGAACCUCAGAAGACUCCAUCAAACCUUGUCAACGUUCUCCUUCUCCAUACUCCAAGGCAAUGAUCAACGAGCAGAACUUGAAGAUGGUAGGUGGGCCCCCACCUACACUCAAGGACAGCGAGAAGAAAGAGCCCCCACCUGCAGACCUCCUCCACAAGGUGAAAAAUGACAUGAAGAUUAAGGAGGAGAGGAAGGAGGAGCAGGAGGUCAUGGUGGUGAGCUCUGAGCCGGCCCCCCACCCACCAGCCCAAAGUCUUUCUGUUCCCAUGGGCCAACAUAUGAACCCGCACCACCACCACCCACCUUUGUCUCAGCAGACUCUUCCCUCACAGCGUGGCAGUGACAUCCCAGGACCUGGGCUGCACGGUGUCCCCAUGGCACACUCUCUGCCCCUGUCCAUGAGUGCCAUGCCCCAGAUGGGCAGUCUCAACGUGCUAGACCGGGCUCGUAUGGCUCCCUUUAUGGGUGUGAGCCCUCUGGCAGGUAGAGAGCGCUUGCCUCACCAGGCCUUCCCUUGGGACCCUCUUAGAGAGGCCUACCGCAGCCUGGACCUGCAGCGGCGCAUGGACUUCCAGCUCAGGGCAGAGCAAGGACAUCGCUUCCCUAGCAUGUACGAACAGGAACGGGCCUACCGCGAGAGGGAGGCUCAUGACUACUCUCACCACGAGCACCUGAUGGAGGUGCGCAGGGAGCACGAGAGGAUGAGGCAGCAGGCGGAGGAGCGAGAGCGCCUCCACCUACGGGAGGAGCUGGACAGAGCACGCCUCCAUCAGCUGCACCAGUCCCCCAUGGAGGGCCAUCUACCCCACAUGCCCCCCUUUAUGCCCCACCUCGGCGGCAUGCCCUACCCUAGACUCAGCCCCUCCACAGGACACAACGGCCCUCUUAACAGAACACCCCCGACUGCCGCACUCAGUGCACCCCCACCCCUUGUGCCAGCCGGCAGUGCCAGGCCAGCCUCACCCAGGAGGACUACCCCCCUAACCAACACACAGGACCCACGGGACUACUCCCCUUCUCGCAACCCCAAAGAGGUAGAGGCUCGGUAGCUUCUUAGAAACGUGCACAAAGUCUUACUAGACGCACUCAAGAAACCCCACUCCCCUAAUCUGAAAUCCUCUUGUGAACAAAAUGCACUGCUCUUCACCAGAGGAGAGCAAAACUCCCUAAGGGAAAGGGUAUGAUUGUAAAGUAAAAGUAAAGGUGUGUAGGGCCGAUCAAGCACAUGCCAUGACUUUACUUUUAACGGACUGGAGGCUCAAUAAUGUCGGCAGAGAACACAAAUAUGUGUAUGUUUAUAUCCGACUUAAAUAUUUGAUAAUUAUUAAUAUAUUAAUCCAAUAUCUUUUUCAGCUUUGUGCGAAAAGAGAGGUCCUGAAAUGAGUUUGUACAUUUCCUAUCCUUGUUCCAUGUAUAGAUAUCAUUUCUAUGAAUUUUAUGUAUUUUGUGCAUAAGUCACACCUUUUACAAUAUUUAUCCCAGUUGAUUGUGAGACAUAUCCAUUAUGACCCACUGUAAAGACUGGAUUUUGGUUUCAACCCUCAGUAAUUUAACCUCAUGGUACCAGGAUAUCCUCAAUGAUGACAAUGUACAAUGUUACAUUACCGAAUUUUGUUCAUUUGUUUUGCCUUUGAGAUAUGCAGAUAAAUAUAUAUUAUGAGGUCUUCGUUCAGUCUCUGUAAAGAAAACUGAUGUAAAUAUCUUGUUGAUAUUCCUUCGCUGCAAAAUUACCGUGUAAAUUUAUUAGGCUUUUUAACCAUUUCUAGAAAAACAAAAUUAAAUGAAACAUGGGGGAAUCAUUUCCCCAUUGAAUAUCAUGGUGACAGACAAGCCUGGCCAAUGGAUGGGAAGUACGACAGGAGGGUGUUGCAAGGGGGCCUACAAGGAUCAUCUGCAAUCUAUGCAAAGCAGCACACAGCACCCUAAUGAAGAGAUCACCUGGAGGGAGCGGACGAUAGUGGAGGAUACCUAGAGAAACUUGGAUUAACAUGUGUUUAUAUUUACCAAUGAAAUAAUGACGAAUUAUUGAAAGACUUCCAAGUCACAAACUGGACCAGCCCCGGACAGAAAAGAAGGACACUUUUUAGUGGGCGGCAAAAGGACUUUCUCUGUCAACCUUGUGGUGUUGUGCAGUUGUUUUUCUUAGACUGUUGUAUACAAAGCAAGUAGAGUUUUAGGCCUGCAAAAAAUGAAAAUGAACAUUCAUGGUUUAAAAUGUACGGAAUAAAGUUUGGACCUAAUGUCA